CAGUCUUUUUUUUUUGUUUUUUUGUAGUGUGAUACCCCGUACAGCGCGUGCCACUUCUCUAAUUUUCGUUGGCCAACAAGAAAAAAAAGGAACACACACACACUCACAUUCAAUAACAACAGCAGUAAUUUACACAAAAGAAGAAAAACUAUAUAUCUAGGUAAUAAUGGGUAACGUGGUAGCGGCAUCAUCCGGCAUCGAGCCAACGGCGGCGCGCAGCAACAGCGUUGCGGCAAGUCUCGGGCUGCCGGAACCAGCGCAACUGAGCAGCAGAAGCGGCACAGAUGGAGCAGCAGCCACAUUGAUUGCGGCCGAUGUGGGCGAUGCGUCCAAGGAGCACACACUCGAGAAUCCCGGCACCGUUGAGGAGUUGCACAAGAAAUGCAAAGAUGUACAGGCCAUUACAUUUGAGGGGGCCAAGAUCAUGCUGAACAAAGGGCUGAGCAAUCACUUUCAGGUAUCGCACACGAUCAACUUGAGCACCACAGUGCCAAGUGGCUAUCGCUUUGGGGCCACCUACGUGGGCACCAAGCAAUACAGCCCAACGGAGGCAUUCCCCGUGCUCCUGGGUGACAUUGAUCCCUCUGGCAAUCUCAAUGCCAAUGUCAUACAUCAGUUCAGUUCGCGGCUGCGCUGCAAGUUUGCCUCGCAGAUUCAAGAGUCCAAGGUGAUGGCCACACAGCUGAGCACAGAUUAUCGAGGCAAUGAUUUCACCGCCUCGAUCACUCUCGGAAAUCCGAGCAUAUUCACCAAUUCCGGCGUCAUCGUUGGCCAGUAUCUGCAGUCGGUGACACAGCGCACAGCUCUCGGCGCUGAGGUCGCCUAUCAGUAUGGACCCAAUGUCCCUGGACGCCAGAUUGCCAUCGUCUCUGCUCUGGGACGCUACACCAACGGCGACUCGAUUUGGUCGGGCACUUUGGGUCCCAGUGGAUUGCAUCUGUGCUACUAUCAAAAGGCCAGCGAGCAGCUGCAAAUUGGCGUCGAGGUGGAGACAAGUCUCCGCAUGCAGGAAUCCGUCGCUACGAUUGCCUACCAAAUCGAUUUGCCCAAGGCCGAUCUGGUCUUCAAAGGCUCCAUUGACUCCAAUUGGCACAUUUCGGGAGUGUUGGAGAAGCGUUUGCAGCCUUUGCCAUUCUCGUUUACGCUGAGCGGGCGCAUGAAUCAUGUGAAGAACAACUUUAAGCUCGGCUGUGGACUGAUGAUUGGUUAAUCGAUAAAUCGAUUAAUCGAUACCACACACACACACAUACCAACACACACACACACGGAGAAAGAGAGUCGAUAGCAUUCACACACACACACACAGUUUUCACAGAGCAAUAGAAUGGAAGAAAAAAGGAAAAGGAUUUUUGGAGCAUGCUCAACAUACAAACACACACACACAUGUAUAUUUCUAUACAUACACACACACACACAACUGCAGCAAGUCAAGCAUAAUUGUUCAUUUGUUUUAAAUCUGACCUCAUCAACGCUUUUGAUCAUUUGACAUUUCCAACAACAACCACAACAACAAAUUGCAAAAUGUAAAUGUAAAAAUUCGAAAACUCCCUAGGCCACUCCCCCAACCCCCCUUUCCACCCCCCAACCCCU